AUGGAAAAUCUUUCGAUCUAAAACUAGAAAUAUAUAUCCAACUACUAACUAUCCAACAUCAACAACUCCAUACUUAACAACUAUUGUGGCAACAACUAAUAAUGCGACAUCAUGAAUGAUGAUAUAAAUCAAGUAUCGAUUGAGUAAUUCCCGAUCUCAAAUUCACUUAUAUCCUUGAAUGAAAACUGCGACUCAAUGCACUCUCUAAAUAGCAACACAAUCAUUAAUAAUUCCAAUCCUAAUUGCAAUUCAGGUACUAUUCCAUUUAAGCAAACGAAAAUGCUUAAUAAAAAGAUUGUCUAUGCAUAGAUGGACACUCAAGAAACUGAUCAUAUGUGUGAUUGGUUUAUGAAGUACAAACUAGAGUAAAAGGAUUCUGAGAUGACUAAAAGAAUGAUAAAGCAAAAAGAUGAAGAGCUGGAAAAGAAUAACUAGCUGAUGAAUCAAUUUAUAAAUUCACUUCAGGAGUAUAAAAUUAUCUACUCAUAGGCUGAGACUUAAAGAAGAUUGCAAAUGGAACAGCAUAAAAAGACACUAACUCUGCUAGAAGAAAAAAUCAGAAAAGAGAAAAGAAUUUGGCUUAGUGAGUAAUCAAUAAGGUUGGGAAGGCCAACAACUUAAAGAUAAAGUACUAAGUAUGUUGAGAUAUGGGAAGAAGGGGAAGUAUUUAAAAAGAUACAUCAGAAACUCAAAGAUAUUUAGAGGGAAAAGGAACAAAUUGAAAGAUUAAAGAAGUCAAGUAAUAAGAGUAAAUCAAUAUCGAAGAAAAUAGGAAAAGAACUACCGUAAGUACCUUAAGACGGAUUUUCCAAUGGUAGUUAAAGAUAAAAUUGUGGGAUGAUAGGUUACACUGAAAAUAGUGAAUAUGAUCUUGAGCAAUCAGAGUUUAAUAAUAUUGAUAAAAAUGAGUAGAAGGAAAUCUAUCAAUUCAAAAUGAGAAUGCUUGAGAAUGAAGAGAAAAGAUUUCUACUUGGCAAGGGUGGUUAUUCUGAAGUGUACAAAGCCUAUGAUCUUGAAUAUUGUAGAGAGGUAGCAUGUAAAAUUCAUCAUUUCGACGACACUUGGAAUGAAAACAUCAAAGAGAGCUAUAUAAAACAUGCAUUAAGAGAAAAUGAGAUACAUAAAGACCUUAAUAACAGAAGAAUAGUUAGACAAUUUGAUACUGUAGAGAUUGAUCAUAAUAGUUUCUGUACAAUUUUAGAAAUAUGCUCAGGCCCUGAUCUUUACUUUUACCUCAAGUAAUAAAAAUAGAUUCCUGAAAAAGAAGCCAAGCUUAUAAUCUCUCAAAUUUUGAGUGGGCUAAAGUAUCUCAAUGAUUUUAAAUAGAAAAUCAUUCAUUAUGAUCUAAAGCCAUAGAAUAUUUUAUUCCACAAUGGUGAGGUCAAGAUCACUGAUUUUGGCCUGUGUAAGGCAAUGGAUGAGAACUCUGAAAAAAUAGAAUUAACAUCGCAGGGUGUUGGGACUUACUGGUAUUAAGCACCAGAGUGUUUCUUAAUGACUGGAUAGCCUGUUGAAAUAGAUUCGAAGGUUGAUGUUUGGAGUGUUGGAGUCAUAUUUUUUGAGAUACUAUUUGGCCAAAAACCUUUUGGUCAUGAUAAAUCUUAAUAAGCUAUCCUGUCAGAUUAAACCAUAUUGAAUGCAAGAGAAGUGAUAUUUCCAUAGAAACCAAUAAUCAGUGAUGGUUGCAAAGAGUUUAUUAGGAAGUGUUUAGCAUAUAAUUAGAAAGACAGAUACGAUGUUUAUGAAGCAUAUUAUAGUCCAUACUUAAAAGGACCUAAUUAAAAUGGGACACCAAAUUAGAUCUCAUCCUUAGCUCGAAACUCAAACAAAUCUUGA